AUGUUCAGCAAUAAUAAGAUCACUAAGAAAAAUUCAAAGAAGGCUAUUAAAAGGAAAAAAGAUAGUAUAGCUGGUUUAAUUGAUGAUAUUUAUGCUCACAGUGUAAUAAAUGACUACAAAAGAUUAAUAGAAGAUCUUAGAUUGAAUAAGAUUGAUGCGAAGUCAAAGAAACAAGACUUAAAGCAAGCAUUUGUCGCUAAAAAAAAUGAAUAUGAUAAAAAAAUUAAAAGAAGAUGA